UGACUGGGCAUGUUCAUUAGGACAUCCACAAGGAGGCUUUUGAUUGCUGGCCUUCAAUACUUUGAAAGCUAGACCUUGGUAGUCAGCCUCAGGAGGAAGUAUCCAAAUAAAGGACUAGACUUUCGGGGCCAGCUUUAGGCAUGUGGUCUAACUGUUUUUAGCUACACAGAUGGAAUGGGGAGAAAAGCAAGGCCUGCCAGAGCCAUGCUCACACUUGAGCUGACCAGAGUCAGAGGACAACUUUGAGGACUCUAUUUCUUCUUUUCCCCAUGGGUUCCAGUUCUAGAAAGCAAACUCAGGUAACCAAGUUUUAUAUGAAAAAUGCUUUUACCCACUGAGCCAUCUUGCUGGCCCACAAAUGAGAUGUUCUAAAAUUACAUGUAUUUGGCAGAGUUUGGCCAACACUUGCCCGAUGGAGGUACAAUGAAGAGUUUGAGUCUGUCAUCAGCUACAUAGGGCAUUGUCUCCAAAGAACAAAAACAAAAACUUAUCUAUAAUUUACCACCCUCUUCCAAAUUGUAAAGAACAUUAAGAAAAAGGGAAGAGAGUCCAGGUGUGAAGGAUGGCUCACUCCAGUAAACCCGGCCACUGAAGAGGAUCAGACAGGACAGUUUGACUCUUAUCGCUAAACCUGAUGACUUGAAUUCAAUCCCCCGAUCACGUGGUGGAAGGAGGGAACUGACUCCUUCCAAGUUGUCCUCUGACUGCCACAUAUUGCCCCCAUAAAUAAUGAAUGAAUGAAUAAAUACAAUUUUUAAAAUAGUUCUUAAACCAACAACAGACAGAAAAACCAUGCCUUAAUGAUAACUGCUUGCUAGUCUGUGCAGAGCCUUGGGUCCAUGCUCAGCAUUGCAAGAGAAAAGAGAAAGACAUACCAGGAUGCAAAACAUAAAAUAUAAUCAAGUUAGAUUCCAAUGUGUCAGGAUGGUAGUUCUUUAGCAAGGCAAUAUUCCAGGAAUACAAGGUGUUCGACAUUUGAAACCAGGCAAUGAGAUCCAGCAUAAAUCCAAUUAGGAAGCUCGGUGUCUCCUCAUCGUCCCCAACGCCUUGGACCCCGCGCCGCUGCCACGCCCCCCCCUCGAGGGCCCCUGGUGCAAAGGAACCCAGUCACCCGGUGCUGCCAGUUAGAAGGGCAUCUCUCCGCCGCCUGGUCAUAUGUUACAAAAACCGAGGUGCAGGAGCCACCCUGGUGCCCAGCCGGACAGUGGCACCUCUGAGGAGGUCCCGAAUGGGUCCGGACGUCCCGAUGCCAAGCAGGACACCGCUGGCACAUUGUCAUCGAGCUCCCGCCUGGCCCAGGCCACCCCUGCCUCGGAACUGCGGACCCAGAAGCAGCUGGAACUGAAGGUGGCAGAGCUGGUGCAGUUCUUGCUGAUUAAGGACCAGAGAAAGAUCCCCAUCAAGCGGACUGGUAUCCUGAAGCAUGUCAUCCGUGACUACAAGGACAUCUUCCCAGACCUGCUCAAGCUGGCUGCCGAGCGGCUCCACUAUGUGUUCGGGUACAAGCUGGUAGAACUAGAACCCAAGAGAAACGCUUACAUCCUCAUCAACGCCCUGGAGCCAGUGGAAGAGGAUGGUGAAAUGAGAGGCAACCAGGGAACGCCCACCACUGGCCUCCUGAUGAUUAUUUUAGGGCUCAUCUUCAUGAAUGGCCACAGCAUCCCGGAAACCGAAGUCUGGGAUUUUCUACGUCGUUUAGGGGUGUAUCCCACCAAGAAGCAUUCAGUUUUCGGGGAUCCGAAGAAACUCAUUACAGAAGAUUUUGUGAGACAACGUUACCUCGAGUCUCGACGGAUACCCCACACAGAUCCUGUGGACUGUGAGCUGCAGUGGGGUCCACGAGCAAAUCUGGAAACCAGCAAGAUGAAAGUUCUCAAAUUUGUGGCCAAGGUCCACAAUCAAGACCCCAAGGUCUGGCCCACGCGGUACUGCGAAGCUUUGGCAGAUGAGCAAAGCAGGGCCGGACCGGAACCAAGUGGUUCAGCCCCGACUUCUUGAAAUAAGUGCUUGGGAUUUUCAAACACAAGCAGGAAAGAUAGGGAACAUGGAGAUGGAAGGAGCAUAUUUUCACAACAAUUAAAAUCAUAUUUUCACAACAAUUAAAAUGUAUUAUCUUUAA